AUGCCGUCGUCUCGCGCCCUGUUCGAAUCCGGCGUCCUCCUCUGUUUCCUUCUCGCGUUCAUCUCGCUCGUUUCCGAGGGCCAGUUUGCCGCGUUGUACGGUAAGAAUGGCCUCGUCCCUUUGAAACAGUUAAACGACGAGGGGCUGUUAUUCUCAUCGAUAUCGUCUUCAGAUAAUGUUGAUUCAGCAGCAGCGCAGGGAAGAAAUUUCGCGGCGCUUUAUCGCAAGACGUUCGAUUUGAUGCGAAAGACAAACUAUAACGUCGUCUGGUUGGCUGCUUCGUCGCGGUUUCACUCGUACGAGAAAUUCAUGGAAUGCGUUUUGUAUCUAGGGGUCACGCUCACAUUUUAUUGGUUGAUGGUGGAUGGACGAGGAAGAGGAGGAAGAGGAGGCGGCGGGAGAAGAAAAUGGUACCAUUUCGCGUUCUUGGUUUGGACGUACGGGUCGAUGGUGGAUAUUGGAGACGCGUUUCUCUCUUUUCAGUGGGAUGUUUUACUCUUGGAGUGCGGGAUCGCAUGCGCGGUUGGCGCUGUGUUAUUUCCACCGAGGAAGAGGACGAGUUCGGUCGAGGAGGAGAACGAGGAUGCACAAUAUGCGUGGAUCCCGCGAGCGAUUCUGUACAAAUUGAUGCUGAUGAGCGGCUGCGUGAAAAUUCAAUCGAAGUGCAAAACGUGGUUAAAAUUAACCGCGUUGGAGUAUCACUUCGCGACGCAGCCGUUGCCGACUGGGUUGUCUCGAUUGAUUGCCAACGGGGUGAGUCCGAGGUACAAGAAGAUUGGCGUGGCGUUGACGUACGUCGCGGAAGGACCGAUGGCGUUUCUGAUCGUCGCGCCGACAAAAAUGGCGAGAAGAGCAGCGUGUUUAGGGCAGAUUUUGUUUCAGGUUGGCAUUAUAUUGAGUGGGAACUACGCGUAUUUCAAUCUUUUGACGAUCGUGUUAUCGAUGGCGAGCUUCGCCGGCGGCGAGAGGAAGGUGGUGAAGACGGUCGACGAGAAAGAAGAAAAUAAAGGUAAUGAUGGAGAAGCCGCUCGCACGCUCGAAAAGAACAAAGCAAAAGCCUUGCCCGUGUUGCAACACUCGAUGGCUAUGAUUGCGACGCAUCUCUCGCUUCUGUUUUUCAUUAUAUGCACGGUGAACAUGUUUGCACCGGGUAAAGAUGGCGUGAAACUUCGCGCGUCCUCGAAGAAUGUGAAUAAACGCUUGACAAAGUUCCUCGACGUCGCAGUUCCUGUAUCGAGAACGUAUUUGAUUUUAAUUGCCGUACCUUUGACGUAUGCAUAUCGCGGUUUUCUGGCGAAAGCAACGAAGAAGGAAAAAGAAAAUAACGAAGAGAGUUUUAAGAUUUUCACGUUGCGGAGAUGUCGCGACGUUUUGUUGAUGGCGUACUUGCUCGUCAUAACGGCGCCGAUGCGUGAGAUUGCGCCGAACAAACAAAUUGCAAAGGUGCAUCCUUUGCUCCGGGCCAACGCUGAGUUUCUCGAUACGGCGACGAGCUCGAUACAGCGACACAUGCCAACGCCUCUGAGACGCAUUUCUUCCGGAUAUGGAUUGUUUCGCUCGAUGACCGGGGUCGGCGAAGACGGAAAAGUUGCGCGCCGCGAAAUUAUUUUCGAGAUUGCGCCCGACGCCGACAAAGUCGAGGAUGUGGAAUGGACCGAACUCACGUUUAAGUAUAAGCCGGGCAACGUGAAAAAACGUCCGUCAUUUGUAGCGCCUCAUCAACCGAGAUUGGAUUGGCAAAUGUGGUUUGCAGCUUUAAGAGGCGACGGCGUCUUUCAAGAUGCCCGUUACCGGUGGUUUUCAAUGUUUAUCAUUCGCAUAUUACAAAAGUCGCCAGAGGUUUGGAAAAUAUUAGACCCGUCCAUGCAAAAGCACAUGAAUGCGACGACCUAUCUGAGAAUAUCGAUGUUUGAGUACGAUUUCGCGCCGAAAAAAGAAGAAGGCGAUGAUGUUUACGUGCGGAAGAAUCUCGGCGAGCUACUGCCGCCAACGCAUCUCGGUUCCCCUGAAAUUGAGGGACUCCUAAACAUGGCUGGACCGAUAGAUUACGAAAAAGAGACGCCCGCGUUAUUAGAAAUUCCAGAUGUGGAUGCCGUCACGUUUGUUGUGAGCGUUAUGGCUGUCAUAUUUGCUUCGCACAUUUUUUACAACUCUAGGAGAAAGAGAAAUAGAAGAAGAAAACUAAAGGUGAGUUAA